AUGGGGGCUAUUGGUGAUAUUCCCCGACCGCGCGUCAACGAAUGGACAGAGGACAUGGACCGUCGUAUUCACUUCGCCCUAGAAUACGGCAAACGACGAUGCUUUCUUAACCCUGGUGACUUCGUUAUUAUUGUGACUGGCUGGAAGGCCGGUUCAGGGUCUACCAAUACUCUUCGCGUAGUCCGCAUCGACGACGAACUAAAUAGACCGAUUGUCGUUGUGCCUAGUAUCACUAAAUUCGAAGACUAA